UGCUGGCCUGAGCUGUGCAGUGUCGGGCUGGGUUGUGCUGGGCUGAGUUGGGCUGCCCACGGGAUGGCUUGCUCUGGAGUACGGCAGGAGUGGCGGAGCUUUGGUUUUCCCUAGCGACUCCUUGCUGGAUUUUCACAUUGUCUCCGGCACAGCGGGAAGAGGAAGAGGAAGGGUGUAUGUGUGUAGGUUGGGGGAGAGUGCAGAGCCGGGUUGGGGGGGGCGACCGAACCAUGGAAACACUCAGAGAGUCUGUCAUUCACUUGGCUUUUCAGAUGUCUACUUACAAGAGAGCCACCAUCGAAGAAGAUGAUCUGAUUGACUCGGUUGGUGAUGGCGAGGUUUAUCCGGACAGCUCACAGAUAAACUUCAGGAGGUCGAAAGGGCUGAGGAGCUGCUGGGAGGACAGGACCCACAUAGAGAAACGGCUCCUCCUCAUGCUGCUCGUCUUGCUCCUCUCGCUGCUUUCCUGUGUAGUUGUGCUGCUUCUCAGAUACAGAGAUCCCCCUGAGGUUUGCCUGACGGAGGCCUGUGUGACCGUGGCCAGCCGUGUUCUCAAAUCCCUGGAUCGCUCUGUCAGUCCCUGUGACAAUUUCUACAAUUACGCCUGCGGCGGCUGGAUGAAGUCCAACCCCCUCCCCGAUGGCAAGUCCAGGUGGGGGACGUUCAACAGCCUGUGGGAACACAACCAAGCCAUCAUGAAACACCUUCUAGAGAACAGCACAUUAAACAGCACAAGCCAAGCAGAGCAUAAGGCACAGUGGUAUUAUCAGGCCUGUAUGAACGAGAAGAAAAUCGAGGAACUUCAGGCUCAGCCCCUGCUGGACAUCAUCACAAAGCUGGGGGGCUGGAGCCUGGGCCAGGCCGGGAACCAGGAAAACUUUCAGGAAACGCUCCGCUCAGUGGCGGCUGAUUACCUCGCGUCACCGUUCUUCUCCGUCUACAUCAGCACCGACUCCAAAAACUCCAACAGCAACAUCAUUCAGGUGGACCAGUCAGGCCUGGGGAUGCCGUCGAGGGACUUUUACCUGAACCAGACGACACAUGGGAAGAUUUUGACGGCGUAUCUGGAUUACAUGGUGGAGCUGGGGCUGUUGCUGGAGGUGAAGGACCCCCAGUCACUGAUGCAGCAGGUGCUGGACUUCGAAGUGUCUCUGGCCAACAUCACGGUCCCACAGGAGGAACGCCGGGACGAGGAACUGAUCUAUAAAAAGAUGUCCGUGCAGGAACUGCAGACACUGGCUCCUGUUAUAGACUGGUUACCGCUCCUCUCCUCCAUCUUCUAUCCUGUGGAACUCAACGACUCUGAGCCAGUUGUUGUUUAUGCAAAGGAGUAUUUGCAGAAGGUCUCCCAGCUCAUUAACUCAACUCAGAAAAGUGUCCUCAAAAACUACAUGAUCUGGAAAGUAGUGAGGAAAACAUCUUACAAUCUGGAUAAGCGAUUCCGAGAUGCAGAAGAGAAGUUUGUCACAGUCAUGUUGGGGACCACAAAGACCUGCAGUAACCGGUGGAAGACGUGCGUGACCGACACCGAUAUCAUGCUGGGCUUCUCCCUCGGCGCCUUGUUCGUCAGAGCCACCUACGCCGAGGACAGCAAAAAGAUUGCUGACGCGAUGAUCUCCGAGAUCAAGGCCUCCUUCGAGGCGAAUCUGAAACACACCAAGUGGAUGGAUGAAGAGACUAAAAAAGCAGCUAAGGAAAAGGCGGAUGCCAUCUACGACAUGAUUGGUUAUCCAAAAUUCAUCAUGGAUCCUGAGGAACUGGACAAGAGCUUUCGUGAUUACCAGGUGGUUCCAGACCUCUACUUCCAGAACGUACUCGAGUUCUACAACUUCUCUGCGCGAGUGAUUGCUGACCAACUGAGGAAGACUCCCAACAGAGACCAGUGGAGUAUGACCCCUCCGUCAGUCAAUGCCUACUACUCACCGACCAAGAACGAGAUAGUCUUCCCCGCUGGCAUUCUGCAAACUCCAUUCUACGGUCGAGACCACCCACAAGCCUUAAACUUCGGUGGUAUCGGUGUUGUGAUGGGUCAUGAGCUGACUCACGCCUUUGACGAUCAAGGGAGAGAGUACGACAAGGACGGGAACCUGAGGUCCUGGUGGAAGAACUCGUCGGUUGAAGCGUUCAAGCGGCAGGCGGAGUGCAUGGUCGAGCAGUACAGCAACUACAGCAUCAACAGCGAACCUGUGAAUGGCCGGCAGACACUGGGGGAGAACAUCGCCGACAACGGGGGCCUCAAAGCCGCCUACCACGCGUACGAGAGCUGGGUGAGCAAGAAUGGAGAGGAGCCCACAUUGCCGACUGUCAAUCUGACCAAUAGACAACUCUUCUUCAUCGGAUUCGCCCAGGUUUGGUGCUCAGUGAGAACGCCCGAGGGCUCCCAUGAGGGGCUGAUCACAGACCCCCACAGCCCGUCCAUGUACCGAGUCAUCGGCACCGUCGCAAACUCCGCCGACUUCGCCCGGAGCUUUAACUGCCCUCCCGGCAGCCCCAUGAACCCUCUGAAGAAGUGUCAUGUUUGGUGAUCAGUGAGACCCCCCCCCCCUUCCCCCCACCCCGUCUGGGCACUUUGGUUAUCCUGUGUUUUAGAGUCCUGGGCUGUGUGGUAUCUCAUCGAGGGAGGGAGGGAGAUACUGCUCAGCCCAGGACCCUGGUGUGGUCUCAUGACAAAGGGAACGG